ACCAUCAAAGCCACCUCCCCACUCGGGAACCCCAGGGUAACCUACAACCUGGAGGACGGUAUGGUCCCAGAAACCAACAUGCCAGUUCGCUUCUAUUUGACCCCAAACCGAGAGGACGGUUCAGCCUCCAUCCUGGUGGCAGAGCCCCUGGACUACGAGACCACCAGGAACUUCAUGCUGCGGGUUCGAGCGCAGAAUGUGGCCGCUGUACCGCUGGCUGCCUUCACUACGGUCUAUAUCAAUGUCACAGAUGUAAAUGACAACGUCCCAUUUUUCACCUCCUCCAUCUACGAGGCGUCCGUCACUGAAGGGGCAGAAUCAGGAACUUUGGUUUUCCAGGUUUCGGCCAAUGACCUGGACCUGGGUCUCAACGGCAAGAUCUCCUACUCCCUGCUGGAGGAUCGCAGUGGUGACCACCAGUAUUUCCGGAUCGACCCAGAGCUGGGAUUUAUCUACUCACAGACGGUGUUUGACCGAGAGACCAAAAGCUCGUACCUGUUGGAGGUUCAGUCUGUGGACGGGAGGGAGUCAUCGCGGCCCGGCAAACAUGGACAACCCAACUCCGACACGGCAUAUGUUCGGGUUUUUAUCAGCGACGUGAACGAUAACAAGCCGGCGUUCGCGACGGCGUCCUAUGAAGUCGACGUGGAUGAGGACGCAGACGUGGGCUUCGCCAUUCUCACCGUCAGCGCCAUCGACGGGGACGAAGCUGCUCAUGGCUGCGCUCACGCUCCAGAAAUGGACCCAGUUGGGGCAGGGCGCACGUCGUCUGACGGAGCCGGCACAGUCCACACAGAGUUAUAG